UCCUCCACCAGGCCUCGGAAGGUGGCCUCAGUCUCCCACGUCAGCCUCUGCUCUAUCUCACUGGAACAGCAGGUGUACUCCUGGGGACAGAUCCGGAGGUGCUCACCUGAACAGAGGAGACACAGAGGAAUGCAGAAGGGCAGCGGCGGGCGUCUGUGCCGGAGCUGGGGGCACCACAGAAAGCUGAGGGACCCAAGGCCCCGGAGCACCAUGCCUACCCUGCGCUCCUCCUCCUCCCAGCCCCAGAGCGCCUCCUCCCCGAGCCGUGUGUCCUCCCCACUGCAGGGAGCAGUGGCCGGGGGACACAGGGGCUUUCCUGCGUCCAGUUCGUCGGUCACCGUGCCGUGUGAUGACAGGGCCUCGGACCAGGCUUCCGAGGGGGAGAGUGAUUCUGUGUCAGCUGAUGAAGGCAGUGACUUUGAAGACAGCUUGAGACGCAAUGUGAAGAAGAGAGUGGCCAAACGACCACUCAAAACAACCCCAGUGGCAAAACAUCCAAAGAAGGGGUCCCAAAUGGUACGUGGUCAUGGCCAGAAAGAGUCAGAGCCACCAGCCAGUGAUCUCUUUGAUGCUGUGAAGGCUGCCAAAAGUGACAUGCAGUCUUUGGUGGAUGAGUGGCUGGAUAGCUACAAGCAAGACCAGGAUGCAGGAUUCCUGGAGCUCGUUAACUUUUUCAUCCGAUCUUGUGGAUGUAAAGGCACUGUGACCCAAGAGAUGUUCAGGAAGAUGUCCAACUCAGAGAUCAUCCGGCACCUAACAGAACAGUUCAAUGAGGACUCAGGAGACUAUCCCCUGACAGCUCCAGGUCCAUCCUGGAAGAAGUUCCAGGGUAGCUUCUGUGAAUUUGUGAGGACAUUGGUCUUUCGAUGCCAGUACGGCCUCCUCUAUGAUGGCUUCCCUAUGGACAACCUCAUCUCCCUGCUCACUGGCCUCUCAGACUCCCAAGUCCGUGCCUUCCGUCACACUAGCACCCUGGCUGCUAUGACACUAAUGACCUCCCUGGUGAGAGUUGCCCUCCAGCUGAGUGUGCACAAAGACUACAAUCACCGUCAGUAUGAGGCUGAACGAAGUAAGGGGCCGGGACAGAGAGCACCUGAGCGGCUAGAGAGCCUGUUGGAGAAACGCAAAGAGCUCCAAGAGCAUCAAGAGGAGAUUGAGGGGAUGAUGAAUGCCCUCUUCAGGGGUGUCUUUGUACAUCGGUACAGGGAUGUCCUUCCUGAGAUCCGUGCUAUCUGCAUCGAGGAGAUUGGGUGUUGGAUGCAAAGCUACAGUACCUCUUUCCUCACUGACAGCUAUUUAAAAUAUAUUGGCUGGACCCUGCAUGAUAAGCAUCGAGAAGUCCGUCUGAAGUGCCUGAAGGCUCUGAAAGGGCUGUACAGCAACCAGGACUUGACUGCACGCCUGGAACUGUUUACCAGCCGCUUCAAGGACCGGAUGGUUUCCAUGGUCAUGGACCGAGAGUACGAUGUGGCAGUGGAGGCCGUCAAGUUACUAACAGUUAUCCUUAAGUUGACUCUUCCUUGUGUAAUGACUGGAAGACAGGUCUUUCCUGAGUUACAGGAUCACCAGGGGGGGAAGUUUCCUAUCUUCUCUAACUCUCCAUACCCCUCCGUCUUCCAUUCUUCAUUUAAAAGUUCUUUGAACAUGGAAGGGGUGCUGACAGAUGGAGACUGUGAGAGCGUCUACCCUGUUGUGUAUGCCUCUAACCGAGCCCUGGCCUCUGCUGCAGGGGAAUUUCUAUACUGGAAGCUCUUCUACCCUGAGUGUGAGACAAGAACAGUGGAUGGGAAAGAGCAACGCCAAAGCCCCUGCUCCCAGAGGACUUUCUUCCGUCUUCUGCUGUCCUUCUUUGUGGAGAGUGAGCUCCAUGAUCAUGCAGCUUAUUUGGUAGACAGCCUAUGGGACUGUGCAGGGUCUCAGCUGAAGAACUGGGAGAGUCUGACAAGCUUGCUUCUGGAGAAGGACCAGAACCUGGGCGACGUGCAGGAGAGCACACUUAUAGAAAUCCUCGUGUCCAGUGUACAGCAAGCUUCAGAGGGUCACCCACCUGUGGGGCGGGUCACUGGAAGGAAGGGCUUAACCCCUAAAGAACGUAAGAUCCAAGCCAAUGACAAAGUGAAGCUGACUGAGCACCUCAUCCCCCUGCUGCCCCAGCUCCUGGCCAAGUUCUCAGCUGAUGCAGAGAAGGUUGCCCCCCUGCUCCAGCUUCUCAGCUACUUUGACCUCAACAUCUACUGCACCAGGCGCUUGGAGAAGCACCUGGAGCUGUUCUUGCAGCAACUCCAGGAGGUGGUGGUGAAGCAUGCGGAGCCAGCGGUGCUUGAGGCUGGCGCUCACGCCCUCUAUCUGCUCUGUAAUCCUGAGUUCACCUUCUUCAGCCGGGUGGACUUUGCCCGCAGCCAACUGGUGGAUCUGCUGACCGACCGCUUCCAACAGGAACUUGAAGAGCUGCUGCAGUCGUCCUUCCUAGAUGAGGAUGAGGUGUAUAGUCUGGCAGCCACUCUGAAGCGCCUCUCUGCCUUCUACAAUGCUCAUGACCUAACUCGCUGGGAGCUCUACGAGCCAUGCUACCGACUCCUCCGGAAGGCUGUGGACACAGGAGAGGUUCCUCACCAGGUGAUGCUGCCAGCCUUGACUCUUGUCUAUUUUUCCAUUCUCUGGACACUAACACACGUUUCUGGAUCAGGUGCUUCCCAGCCACUGUCUCCACAGAAGCAGCUGAUGAGCUUGAAGGGCAGGAUGGUGGCCUUCUGCGAACUCUGCCAGAGCUGCCUCUCAGAUGUGGCUCCUGAGAUCCAGGAGCAGGCUUUUGUCUUAUUAAGUGAUCUGCUUCUCAUCUUCAGCCCUCAGAUGAUUGUAGGGGGACGUGAUUUCCUUAGGCCCCUUGUCUUUUUUCCUGAAGCCACUCUCCAGUCUGAGCUAGCCAGCUUCCUCAUGGACCACGUCUUCAUCCAGCCUGGAGAACUGGGCGGUGGUCAUUCCCAGGAGGAUCAUUUAAAGAUAGAGCAGCUGCACCAGCGUCGCCGCCUCCUGGCCGGGUUCUGUAAGCUGUUGAUUUAUGGGGUGCUGGAGAUGGACGCAGCCUCAGAUGUUUUCAAACACUACAACAAGUUCUACAAUGACUAUGGUGACAUUAUCAAGGAAACAUUAACUAGAGCAAGGCAGAUUGACCGAAGUCAUUGUUCCCGCAUCCUGCUGCUGAGCCUCAAGCAGUUAUACACAGAACUGCUACAGGAACAGGGGCCCGAGGGCUUGAAUGAGCUUCCAGCCUUCAUCGAGAUGAGGGACCUGGCCCGGAGGUUUGCCUUGAGCUUUGGACCCCAGCAGCUACAGAACCGUGACCUUGUGGUCAUGCUACACAAGGAAGGCAUCAAGUUCUCCUUGUCAGAGCUUCCUGCAGCUGGCUCCUCUGGUCAGCCCCCAAAUCUAGCAUUCCUGGAGCUCCUUUCAGAGUUUUCUCCCCGACUCUUCCAUCAGGACAAGCAGCUACUACUGUCCUACCUGGAAAAGUGUCUGCAGCAUGUCUCCCAAGCACCUGGCCAUCCGUGGGGUCCAGUCACCACCUACUGCCACUCCCUCAGCCCUAUGGAGAAUACAGCAGAGGCCAGCCUUCAGGGCUACCCCCGCUCCAAGAAGAGGCGCAUUGAAGGCCCCUCCAGGAGGCACAGAGAGGAUAUCUCUUCAUCCCAAGAGGAAAGCCUGCAGCUGACCAGCAUGCCACCUACACCCACCCUCACCUCCACAGCUGUGAAGACUAGGCAGCCCCUGGGGGGGCUGGAAGAGAUGGAAGAAGAAGGCGGCUCAGAAUCAGAGUUUACCCAAGGCCAACCCCUUUCAGGCACCCAGAGGUCAGAGUUCUCAAGCCCACAUCAUUUCCGGAUUCCACUCAACCCUCCAGGUCCUGAUCUGGGCAACCAGCUGACCCGACUCAGCCUUAUGGAAGAGGAUGAAGAAGAGUUGGAAAUUCAGAAUGAGUCAAGUGAAGAAUGGCAAUAUACAAACAAGCACUCUUCCCCCAGUGAGCACGGGCUGGACCUCUUAGAUUCUACAGAGCUGAACAUUGAGGAUUUCUGACAUGACUCGGCCCCUCCUCAUCUCCACGCUCCACCUCAGUGACAUAACCACUUGGAAAAGGCAAACAGGAGAACAGAGCAAAAGGAACCAUUACUUCCAGGCCUCCCCCUGGUCUCUGAGGGGAAGGAGAGGUGGGCUUUGCCUUUCUAACCUCACCUUUCUCUGAGGAUGUUGGGAUGGAGAAGCCUUAGGCCCCCUGCCUUCUUAAUGCACCAUGGCUCUGUCCCUCUGUGUUUGAGCAGACUGCCUGUUUCCUGCUGGGUUUGGAGGGGUGAGGGCUUCUCCUCAGUAUUGGAGGGGGGCACUGCCUCGUGUGUUGAAUGGAAAUAGCCAAGUAGUUUUCCUGUAUUUUUGAAACAUCUUUCCCAGCCUCUUCUGUGCCCUAGUGAUUAGCCCAAUAAACAUGUUUGAAU